GAGAGUGUCUGCCCCACAUCCACUGCUCCACUGCUGAAAACUGCCUCACCGGUGAGACAGUCAAAGAUGGAACCGUCUGCAGGCGACAAACCCCGGAGCGCAGCCGAUUCUCCGCUCAACGGAUCCAACCACAUCCGCACAGGAAACGAUUUUACUCAGUCAAACCAGACCAAAGCCAAAAAACGGAGUCUAAAACCAAAAACUCUUCACGUGGAUUCAAACUUCAUCAUUUUAAAGAUUCUCCUGGUGUGAUGGUGUGAGUCUGUUCAGGACCUGAUGCAUGCUGUGGGGCUAUGGUGAGGCCAUGUGCGUAGGCUGGUGUGAGAAAAGAUGUGGAGGAAGAGGAAUCGAGGGAAUCAAAGGACUGGACAUUUACUCAUGGCUGUGCGUGAUGGCCUUGCUCUCAGCUCUUUUGGGUCAAGUGACUCCGCAGUGCCCAGACAGAUGUCACUGUGCCUGGGACACAUUCACUGUGGUGUGCUCAGAUGCUGGGCUGCGGGAUAUCCCAGAUGGGAUCCCACCAGAGACCAUCUUCCUCCACUUGGAACGCAACUACAUCCGGAGCAUCCCGGAGAGUGCCUUUAGCCACCUGGUCCACCUGCAAGACCUGUACCUGUCCCACAACCGUAUCGACUCGUUGUCCACCGGAGCCCUGCGGCACCUGGGACCCAAGCUGCGCCUGCUGGACCUUUCGUUUAACCAGCUAAGGCAUGCCAGCAGGGAGGAGUUUGGCUCCACACGAGCAAAGAUGCGGCUCUUCCACAAUCCCUGGCACUGUGACUGCACACUGCAGGAGCUGAUGGAGACUCUGAAUCUGGAGCCUGAGACGGUGAUUGGAAUCAUCUGCGAGAGUUCUGUGAGAGGUGUGGGUGAGGGGAGCAGGUGGGAGGACCUGGGGUCACAGGGCGAGCACUCGGGUCAACCGCUCGUCAGACUCCUGGACUCUGGGGUGAAUUUCUGCAGCCUGCAUAGGAAGACCACUGACGUGGCCAUGCUGGUGACCAUGUUCGUGUGGUUCUUCAUGGUCAUCGUGUACGUUGUGUACUACGUCAGGCAGAACCAAGCUGAGGCCCGAAGGCAUUUGGAGUACUUAAAAAGUCUACCCAGUCCACGUAAAACCCCCAUAGAGACAGACACUCUGAGCACUGGGUUCUGAGGACAUGUGACCUUUGUCUUCAUGAAAAGUGACUCUGAGGAGUAAGCUGUAAACAAGCCGUAGACAAAAAACAAAACAAAAACAAACAAAAAACCCCCACAGAAAAUGAACUUGUUGUUUGAUUAUUUCCUUACCUUUGUUUUUCUAAACAUUUAUUUUCUUAUGACUUUUGCUAUUUUAAUUAAAAAUGGUGAGGUUGUUGAUUAUUACAAAACACCAACAGUACUGUAAUAAAAAGAAUAGUAAAAAGUGUAGCAGACGUGAAUUUGAACAAAGGACACUAUUGAACUUAAUAGGUCUGUCUUCUUUUGUAGCUCAUCUUCUCCUCCCAUGCCUCAUAACUCUCUCUUUUAUCUUCCAUUAGGCUCUAAUAGGGGACUUCAACCAGCUGACCCCUAGUGAACACUUGAAAGGCACUAAAGUGAUUGUCAGGUGUGCAAACACCUACGUUUGUCUUCAUUUACAUUUCCAUCCUGGUGUUUUGGUGGAAUCUUACAUUAGUUUUAUAAAUGUUAUCCUGCACAGAUGGCAUCAUGCAAACGCCUAGCCACAUUUUUUGGGUGCCGGCGGAGAGCUGCUGAUCUAAAUUUACUCAGUGGAGCUGGAGGUGAACUAUUUUGUCUCUUUGCUGCAGCAGUCAGCUCUGAAAUAUUUGGACGAUUUCAUAUUCAUGCAGAUGUUAUUGAUUGGGUGGAGGAAUUUCAGUCCGUCCUGAGGAUGGAUUUGUGUUGACAUCUAUUUUGAGAGAAGCUGUUAGUUAACGUCUGGAUUGUUUCUUUUUUUUUGCUCCUCCUAUUUUCCACAUUGACUCCGUCAUAACCGGAUCUAUUUUUAUGGCCUUUGAAAAAGCCACACAUAAUUGGAUAUUAAAUAAAUCGUUUAUUUCUUAUAGAACGUUCAAAUGAAUGCUACUUCUGAUGUGUGCGCUGUGAAUGCUCCACUUGGCUUUCUGCAAAUGCUGAGCAAAUUUUGACCAUAUGAACAGGAGCUCAGAGUUUAUUUCAAUUGCUUUGAUUUUACUUGUGUUUAAUGUUGAAGUAACAGUUUUCAUGUUAAGAGGGGAAGGCUUAUGCUAUAUUUAAGCUGUCUGUCAUUCUUUGCUUAAGAAGUAAAAAAAAAAACAUGUUUUUUGGUUGACUCAUCAAACAUAUGAAUUUAGUUUCCAGAAGCUUCUGAGGUCAUCAAAUUGAAUAUUGAAAUAUGUUUAUGGUUGUUUAUCAAAAUUAGCAUUUAUUUAAUUUAAUACCUGCACAUUAAAAUAUAGUACCACUUUAAAAUAACAUUUACUUACACGUUUACAACGUUAAACAACUAGCUAAUAGUAAAUUAAUUGUAAUAUCCCUCCAUAAACUGUCAGGUUAGCCCCUUGGUAGAACAUUUUUAAGUCUCUGUAUGUCACAAAAAUGUGCUCUGAGCUUUACUAAAUAACUUCAGAACUAGAAGUCAAAAAUUAAAUUCCAUUGCUUUUACAUUAAUAGUAAACCUCUUUAUAAUUCGUUAUUGAUGUUAAUUCUUAGCCUUGUUGCCCCAAAUGAAUAAAAAUCACACAACUAAUUUUUAGCAUUUUCCUUAAUGUGGAAGUUCAAAAAGGACAAUAGCGAUCUGUUUCCUGCCAAAUAGUGACCCCUUUACAGUUUUUAAACAGGAUCUGACAUAGAAUGAGUCAUAUUUUUGUAAAGUGCCUCAAAUAGGAUACACUUUAAAGAAUGCUUUAAUAACAUAAUGUAUUAUUAUUAUUAUUGUUGUUGUUAUGAACACAUAAAAGAAGUUAAAAUCUUUUUUCCAUGACCAUUAUUGAUUACAAAUUGCAGCCAAUUACAAGAUUUUUGAAGAGAAAAAAUUAAACUAUACAAAAAAAUAAAUAAAUAAAAAUAAAAGUAAGCUAAACGUUCUUCGUUUAUACACCAAUUAAUUAUUUUUAAAAUCACAUACCGUGAACACCCCUGGAUGGAAUUUAGGACUAAGCAUGUUUUGCUGAAUCUAAAAAGGUUUUUAAUUUUAUAAAUUUGAGACUUUUAUUUUACUUUAAAAGCAACAUUUUUUAAAAUGAUGUGGCCGCCAAAAAUAAUAAAAUAAUAAAUAAAUAAACUAAUCAAAUGAUAGACAGCAAGAUAAUAAAGGGCCAUAAAUUAGAUAUAAAUAUUGACAUGAACUAUUGCUUCUAAAAAGUACUUUUCCCCUGUUGUGCCAUCAUAAAAUAAAGUAACUUUUCAUGGUGUCAUAGAGCUGCUUAGAGCUUUGUUGGGUUUUUCCUGUGUAAUGAACUAAAGUGUAGAAAUGUUUGUGUGUUCAUGAUGUGUGUCAGAAUGUAACCGUUUGAUCAAACUGUUGAUUUGUAACCAGAGCGGAGCAGAACUUAGAUUCACUCUCCGUUUUAAUGUCGUGUGUAUUUGUCAGAGCAGGGUAAUGUGUUGAUCACAUGCUGUAAUUUAGACUCAUUUUGUAUUUCUGUGGUCUUAUGUUGGUCAGUUAAAGCCUUAAAGAUUGCCUUUCAGUCAAAGAUGUAAAAAUGUUGUGAAGCUAAACAUUCAGAUUUUUUUCUGUUUGUCAUUAAUCAAACAUCUGAUUUUGUUUCAACUGGGGUGUUCGAUAUUGGCUUUUUUACCGAUAUCUGAUAUACCGCUAUAACGAUAUUGUUGACUUUCCAAUACUGAUGUAAACUAAUAUAUGCUUUGUCCCCCUCUCAUUAAAAAAGAAAAACUAAAACAUUUUAGGUAAGUAAAUUCACAUAUUUCCUGUCAUGCCUAAUUAAAAAAAAUUAUCUGUGCAAAAUGACAGCUACUUCAAAUUAAGUAAGUAAUGGGAAAAGUGCCAUAAUUGUUUUGUCUCUAACAGCAGCUGAAUCUCAUUCUCCGUAAGCGUGAUGCUAACCCCCUUUACCUAGCAUCAGCAGCGUGGAACGGCACAAGCAAACAAACUUGCAUUUAAUCACGUCUCACGUGCAAGAGAGAGCCCCUCCCAGUUGUUGGAGCUUCUCAGCUUGUAGCCAAUUAGCCAGUCAUGGUAUGAGUGGGCGUGGCCAGCUCCACAUGGUUUUCUUGAAGCGACAGAGCCCUGAAAUGGCUCAGUGUGUAAGGUACUGAAAUCAAUAAGAAUUCAACACAUUCUUGUGAGUUAUUUAGUGCCAAGAACUUCAUAAAAAUGUUUCAUAUCAACAGGAACACUAGUAGAACUAAUAUACCUUAAAGUGACGGUGUGAUUUUUUUCAGGCGAUAGGGGGUCAGUAGAUACAUUAAUUGUUGCACGCAAGCAGUAUUUUUGUGUUGGAGGAAGACCUUACCAACGGACGCCCAUUAGGGUCAAAAAGCCCCAAGGAGUGAAAUCUUAAGCAAAAUAACGAGCACAUCCGACUCUUUCAGCACUGACAACAAGUGAAGAGGUAAAAGUGUAAAACAACAACAUUUAAGAAUAGUGAAAGUUUUAUAACCAUUUGUUACAAAUCAGUAAAUCCAAUAUGUCGUCAUGAGCUCCUGUAGAAGGAAACAUGGCAUCUAAUAUGGCACCGCCCAGAGACUUAGACCCGCUCCCAUGUACUUUAGACCUGAUUUUUAUGGUUAUAUGUUACUAAGUCUCUAAUAUUUUUCAACAAUCAGGCAUCAUUUAAUUCAAUUUCAACAUUAUUUUGAUGGAUAUUUCCAGAAAUUAAUGGUAAAAACUUUAUUUCUUUAGGAAAAAAAGUCAUAGUAGGUCUCUUUUAACAAUUAAAGGAGCAGAAAUCUGCAAGGAUGUUUGAUAAGCUGUCAUCUUUUUAAGUGGAAGCAGGGUAUAGUUAAAUGUUUAAUGUACUUUUUUGUAUUACAAAACAUUUUUGUCUUAUUUUAUUGUUUGUUUUUUACAAAAAAAUCUGACCCCACCUCAGAUUUUUCAGCAUUUUGAGGAAAACCAAACAAAUCACAUAAAAAAUAAAACUUCAGUCCAUUA